UUUUAGCACAACACGGAAUUGAACGUCAGCUUUCAGGGACUUUGUAUUGAUUUUUACCGCAAUUAGCUAUCGACUUGAUUGAUUUGUUGAUCGUCUUUACUCUUGCUAAAUUCUGCUGCGGUGAACUACGAUGAUUCUCGAAGGAGCUGAAAAAGAAUCCAUGCCGACGGAAAGGUUUUCUCCAAAGCAUCGCCGGGGCCGAUGUUUAUUGGUGUUAGUAGUCGUAACUUGCAUUAUUCUGUUCUUAGCUAUUGGAAUAGUCAUGGGGUACUUCAUUGGAAGAAAGGCUGUGAGUAGCUGUAAAGCCAGGCUACAGCCAACUCCUUCGCAAAGCAGUCACAUAGAUUCAACAAAAAUUCACAAGGAUGCUGUCGACAUGGUCUCCACAGAAAAACUCAGACACCUUCUAAAGUUUUACACCAAAGAACCUCAUUUCCCUGGAUCUAAUGAAAGCUACGUGUUGGCAAAACACAUACAAGAGAAAUGGACCGAGUAUGGCAUCGACGUCACAAUGAAAAAAUACAUCAUCAUGUUGUCUAGGCCAAAGAAACCUGGCGUUGUAGCUUUGUACAAUGGAUCUGAAGAGGUUCACCGUUCAGCACCUCAGGAGACAUUUCUUAUUCCUUCCGAGAACAACAGCCUUGUGGUUCCACCGUUUAACGCUUAUGCACCAUCUGGAUCCGUGAAGGGUAAACUUGUGUACGCUAAUUAUGGAAGAGAUGAGGACUUUGCUGAACUCAAAAAACUUGGUGUUAACUGCACUGGAAAAAUUGUCAUCAUUCGAUAUGGGAAGGUUGGAAGGUCUUCUAAGAACAAACGAGCUCGCAAGGCAGGAGCUAUUGGAGCGAUAUACUACAUGGAUCCCGAAGAUUAUGCAAAGCAAGGCGUUGAUAAAGUGUAUCCAAAAUAUAACUGGAUGCCCAGCACUGGAGUGCAACGUGGGAACGUCAAGUCGUCUCCAAUAAGAGGAGAUCCACAGACCCCAGGCUACCCCUCAGUUGAGGGGAUGUACCGCUUGCCAAAAGAGGAAGCCAAGAAGCUUCUCCCUCAGAUCCCAGUUCAUCCGAUAUCAUAUGAGGACGCUGCGCCACUUUUAAGAACUCUGGUUCGUAAAAUGGUUCUGUCAAAUUCAUCAUUCCAAGGAGGUUUGAACUUCUCAUAUGGAAUAGAGAUGGCGGAAAGUGAUACCAGAGAGGUCCUUUUGAACGUUACCAAUGAAUUGUACGAGACAGAUGUGUACAACGUGAUGGGAAUAAUCAAAGGAUCCACUUAUCCUGAUGAACUUGUGUUGCUAGGUAAUCAUCGAGAUGCUUGGGUAUUUGGUGCUGCAGAUGCAUCAAGCGGCACUGCUGCCAUGGUGGAGUUGUCCAGAGUUAUUGGAGAGCAACUUAAGAAAGGAUGGAAGCCAAAACGCACCAUAGUGUUGUUAAGCUGGGGAGCGGAGGAGCCAAAGUACAUGGGAUCAGUUGAAUGGUUGGAGGAAUAUUCACGGUUGUUGUCCGCCCGUGCUGUAGCCUAUCUCAACGUAGAUAUGGCAGUUGACGGAAAUUACUCUUUCCGAGCAAAGUCAGCACCUCUCCUCGACUGGGUCUUGGCCAAAGGAGCAAUGAAGGUGCCAAGCCCUUUAGGAAACGAGACUGCUUUUGAUGAGUGGCUCAGAAAAAUUCCAUCAAGACUGGGGUUCAAGAAUUUACCAAGAUUUCAGCAACCAAGAGCAGGCAGUGAUUAUGUCAACUUUAUCCAGCGGCUUGGAAUUCCUAUUGUGGAUAUUCGUUACACAUACAACAGUAAAACCAGCAGCAAUCCGUUAUACCACACAGUUCACGACAAUUUUUGGUGGAUGUCGACGCUUAUUGACCCCAACUUUAAAUACCACCAAGUCACUACAAGGAUUUGGACACAAAUAACCAUGACCUUGGCCGAUGCCGUUGUUUUGCCAUUAAAUGUAACGCAUUAUGGCGAUAACAUGAAGGUGUUCAAUGCAAAAAUAAUGAAAGACUUCGCAGCUGAUUUCAAGAAUUACAGCGUGGAAAACGAGUUGGACUACCUUGGCCAAGCUGUAGAAAACUUCCAAGACACAGCCAAAGCUUUUGAUGCUUUUGUGGAAGGAGCAGACAAAGAAGAUGAUGCAGUUGUUCGUAAAAUCAACACCCGAUUGCUUAACGUAGAACGGGCUUUUAUUAACCUUGAGCCAAUUCUACAGGCCAAUCCAUUACAAAGACACGUGGUUUUGACGCAUAGCCCGAACAUUUACUACAGCUGGUACGGAGGGGUGGUGGAUGCCAUUGAUCGCGCACGAAAGGGAUUAGUUUCCGGAGAGGAAGUCAAGAAGCAAGUGUCGAUUGUGGCGUAUGGCAUAAAUUCAGCAGCACAAGUACUGCAACUCUCCCCUAUUGGAUGAUUUGUGAGAAUGUUUCACAACACCCCGUUAGCCUCUUUAUAGAUUAAGGUAGUUUUGGGUUCAUCAUUGAUAACUUUGAGUUCUAAAAGGUAGCAUAAUAUAUGGUAUAUUUAAAGGACUUCAAGUUCUAAGAGAACUUUAGUCUUUUUAGCGAUUUUUUUGUAGGCUUCAUUGGUAUUGAGGUAUCAUAACAGCAAGCAUUUAUUAGUAGGACACAUGUAAGGUGACUAUGUAUGUUGUUAGAAAGGUUAGUUAGUCGUGUCCGUGAUAGGCAUGUUUUGGCUUAAAUACGUGUCAUCUCAAAGACUGAGGUAAAAGACGUUUUUGAAUAUUUAGUUACGCAUUUCAACGUAGUAAGGAAACAGACAGACGGCCGUUGUCAUUAUUUAGUUGCGCAUGCAUUUUAACAUAGUGAGGAAUCUCUUUGACAAGAGUGAGGUAGCGAGAACUGCUUGAAGAUGAGCAUGCUUACUGACGUAUAAAAGCAUCGCCAGGCUAUCAUAUCUGACUACUCGGCAAACAAAAAGGAAGGCAAACUAGACGCCUGUUAAAGAUGUAUAAAAUCGCGAUUAUUCGCAUUUUGUUCUUUCUUCUCACCGCUUAUGUAGCUGCCGUCCAUACUAGCUCAUCACUAUCUUAUGAUUGUUUAACUUGGUAAAAUUAUAAUACCUUUUCCUGUCAACAUUCCCGAUGGAAAAUUUAUCCAAACUGUUUGUUCCAUUACCCUGCGAUCCAGGAUUAUUUGAUUGCUUUAAUUUUUAUUAGAAAUCUCAAUUAAACGUACGUUGUAUUGCU